AUGAAUGUCGACUAUAUAUUAAGGCAAGUUGAACCUGGACUUGCCGAUCCGCUUAUAAUACAUUUGAAUGAAGAAGAAAAUUUUAUAGGUCGUCAAAUGAUUAAAGAAUUAACUAAAUAUAUUAAAGUUUCUCGCAUGCAUGGUUAUAUUAAGAAACGAGGAACUGAAUUUCAUAUUCGAGAUUUAGGAAGUUUGAAUGGUGUUUAUGUCAAUGGUAUUAAAAUAGGUAAAGAAUUGCAUAAGUUAGAAAUUGGAGAUUAUAUUGGAUUUGGCGCACCUUCAUUUAAUGAUGGGGGUUUUGCUUGCACAUUCAGUGCAAAGGUCACAUCUUGUGGUGCGGUAAAGCGCGAAAAAUCUCCACUUCAAGAGCUUGAGGAAAACCCUCAGAAGAAAAUAAAACUAGAAAGUAAAGAACUUGAGCCUGAAGCAAAUAAAGUUCUACUAGAAAAGGAAUCUGUGAUCAGCAAUAAAUUACAGGAAUUAGAACACUCAGAAAGUGAUGGGAGUAAUCUUAUGAAAAUUAAACAAGAAAUUGUAGACACUGAAGAUAAUUUAAAGAAUAUUUCAUUUUUUUCAGUGAAUGAAUCAUCUGAUAAAUUAAACAAACAUAUCUUCGACCAAUAUGUUCCUUCAAAUUUUGAAGAAACUUCCAGAAUGGGGAGUGAUCAGUCAGGUAUAUUUCUGAGUUCAAGGCAUUCAGAUGAGGAAGAAAGUAAGAUAAAUGAUUCAGCCGAUACUAAACUUAUUAACAAGACAUUUGAGGCAAGUCAGGCUGCUAGAAUUGGAAAUUCUGUGUGUCAAACUGAAGUCAAAUUGUUUAAAGGGUUAGAAAAUGAAGUAUACUUAUCAGGCUGUUCUCAUUCUGGAACUGAUACAAAGCAUGCAAUAGUUUCUAACAUACCAUGCAUUAUUAAAGAGGUGGGUUUAACUGAAAAAAAUAAUUUGCUGAUGGUAGAAACUGAAAGAGCUUUUAUAAAACCAUUACAUCAAGUUCAUGAUAUUAGAAAAGUACCUUUUACUGAAGCAGAAGAAAUUAUUUCUAUUUCAGAUGAUGAUAAAAACAAUCAGACAGCAUUUGGUAAUGCUUUUGAAAGAAGCAAAGAGAAUGUGGAAAAGGGCAAAGAAGAAAAUUUACAAAUGGAGCAAAUUCCUAUUAAAUGCGCUCAGCUGGUAUUUUCAAAAGCAGAUAAGCAACCUAUAAGGAUGAGAGAGGUUUAUUUUCCCAAUACAUUAAAUAAAAAUGACUUUGAAAGGAAAGAAAUUGCUAAAUCACGUGGAAAGAUGCUGUUAAUUGAGCCUUUGCCAGUGCAUUAUCAGAAUUUGAGUAUAAGAAACAAGGGAGAAUCAUUUAAAGCGCAGAACAAUUAUGAGAAUAUAAAUAUUAAAGAAAGGAAUAAUGUUGGAAUGAUUUCAUCAUCUUGGAAAGCAUAUGAGGCAUUGGUGAAAAAAAAUUCUGAUAGAAAUUCGAAUGUGGAAUCUAAAUGUGAGCAAAAUAAUGAUAUGCAAGAAAUAUCUAAAUUAGAAAUAAAUCCAAGUUGUAUUUCUUUUAAAGUCAAAGAAUCUAACUACAUUAAUGCAAAUGUAUUGGAUCAGAGCUCGGUCGAAAACAAAGGAGUAUCGAAAUCACCUGCUGUUGCACAUAGGCGUGAGAAUUAUGGUUCUCGUAUGUCAAAUUUAGUAGAAACUAUGGUAUGUGGCAAAAAAGCAUUUGCAAGAAAAACCGUGCAAAAGAAUAUUAAUUAUCAAGUUGGAAGAAAAAGAAAUCAUUCUGAACCAGUUCAGGUAAUGGAAACUAACAUGAAAAAUAUCCACAAUGAACCUCGAGGUAAAACGUAUGCCCAAAACUCAUUUAAUACCCAGUCUGAGUGUCAAUCAAGUGUAUCAUCUGUUAAGUUGCAAGUUGGUUCUGCCAGCAAUAAUUUAAGUAAAGUUGGUUUAAAAGUUAUGUAUAGAGAUAAUAAAACAGAAUUAAAAUUUGCUCCACUGGGUACUAGAAAAAUAACAGAAGAGCCAUGCAGUUCUUACAUGCCUUUCAGCAAAACAAAUUUAGUGUUGACUAGAAAUACAAGUAACAUUUUUCCAUAUUCCCAUAAAAAUAGUAAUUUGGAACUAAAGGAUCCUUUAUCGCCUGCACAAAUGAUAAACUUUUAUUCUGUUUUAAAAGAAGUACUUGGAUUUGAUGUAUCUUCCAUGAUAAAUAAGGUUCAUGAAUCUUUUCCAUUUGGAGAUGUUGCAUCUUUACCACUCUCUUUUGAGUCCUUAGAUUCUUAUGUUUCUUCAUUUCACCAAGCUCUUUUAGCGAAACUUUGGGAUUCAAUAUGUCAUGAAGUCAAAGAUAUAAUACAACGUUCUGAGAAAGAUCUGAGAAAGUUUUACAUGCGUGUUUUAUCAUAUAAAAUGAAUAAUUACAUUAUGGAAUUGGACUGUGAAUCGGUUAUAGAUAAAUCAUCUUUCUGCCCAUGCGAAGGAUCUGUCAUAUUAUUACAUUGUAAAGAUGAGACUCAGGAUAAUUACAUGAUUGGUUACAUUCAGAAACAUUAUAGUAGAAGACUGGAUCUACAGACUUUAACUCAGGAAUGGAAAUGUUUGGGUCAUAAAUACAUGGAAGAGGCUAGUAUUAUAAACUUCACUGUUUAUAUGAAGGUGCAGCGAACAUAUCCGUUAUGUAGAAAAUUAUUAAUAGCAAAUGCUAUCUGUCAUAUAAAAAGUAAAUUAAUAUUGGCAGAUACAUUUAAUUAUCUUCAGUUAUCACCACUGUGCAAGGAUAUUUUGUACCCUAGGGAGGAAACGUUUUUCUUAAGUAAUCCUUCUGGGCUUUCCAGCAAACCUCCUUUUAGCUAUUCUCCAAACCAAGCUAUAUUAGCAAUCAGUGACGUGCUAAAUAAAGCAACUCUGGAGCCUAAAAUUAUUAUGCUUCAUAUGUCUUCCAGAGAUAAAACACAAACAAUUGUUGGAUUACUUCAAAAUUUGCUUUCUAAUAAUAACAAUAAAGUAAAAGUUUUGGUUACAGCACCAUCCAAUGCAGCAAUUGAUAGAAUAGGAUGGGAAUUGAUUGAGGCAAACGAGAGUGGUGCUUCAAACAGUUGUAUAAAAUUUGUUAGAUUAGGACUUUCAAAAUCUAUGCACUUCCGUCUAUUACCACAUUCACUUGAUUCAAAAGCUACUCAGUUGUACCAGGAAACUAUGAAAAAUGAAGUGGAGUUUGAGAAAAAAGAGCUUAAUUUAUUGCAAGCAUCUAUUGAUGAGCUUAAAAAGAAACAAACUAAUGUUCCUGACCGUAAUAUUGAGCAAAAGUUACAGUUUCUAACUAACCAGUACGAGUGCCUGAAACAAAAUAUUAAUUCCGAGAAUUUUCUGAGUCAUUCUGCUCAUAUGAAAUAUAAAUUAUCUGUUUUGAAUGAUUCUAAUGUUGUUUUAUCAACAUUGGGAAGUUCUACCCAGCCUAUGUUGAUGUCUGCAUUCGGUCCUCAUUCAGAAACGUGUUUUACAUGUUGUAUCGUAGAUGACGCUACAAAAUGUUCAGAAUUAGAAAUUCUUCAGCCAUUGAGACUGGGUUUCAAUAAAUUAGUGUUAUUUGGAAAUUUUAAUGAUGAAAGCAACAUUCAUUUUCUUCAGGACAUAUUCAUGAACGUUCAAUGUUUGAAAGAUUUCAUCUUUUUUUCCAAACUUGUAAGCCAAGCCCAUUGUUCAAAGUUCGAAAAGAAAAUUAAAGGAUCUUUUACAGGCCAAAUUUUAACAGCAGAUAUAUAUAACUUCUUUUUUAAAUUAUGUUAUUAG